AUGGAGUAUGGUUUUAAGGAUUUGUUGAGAGAUGAGAAGUAUAUUAUUAAGAUUAUGUCUGUCUCAAUGCAAGAGGACAUGAUUGCUCUUGGUAUUAUGGGAAAACUGUGAAUCUAUGAUUGUAAAACUCAGAUCAAGGAUGAUUAUUUCAGGACUGGAAUGCGAUCUCAGAGUAAAUCUCAGCGGAAAAUAGCAGAAUUCCCUUACCCCAACACUUUUCCUCAAAGUAUAGACUGGAACAACAAAAGCCCAAACGUUUUAGCAGCUGCUGACUCUGAGUUUUGUAAAAUUUAUGAUGUCCAAAAGCAGACCAAUUUUAACAAUUAUAAUGUCUUGAAACAUAUCAACUCUAUUUCUUGGUCAAAGUUCAAUCAGAAUCAAAUUUCGUGCUGCACUAAUGGAAAUGUCAUUUACAUCCUUGACACUGACUCUCAAGGGAAAGCUUAUCAUACAAUUCAGUCAGAAUCCAAAGUGGAGAAGGUGGCUUUCAGUUAUACAAAUGAGCAUAUCUUGGCAUCCUCCCAUGUUGAUGGAGUCUAUAUCUGGGACAUAAGGAAAGCUGACAAAUUUCCUCUGAAAUACCAUAGCUAUAACCACCAGAAUGUGCAUAAUCUUCACUUUGACAGGGUAAACGGACUCUUGCUCCUGGCAAAGCAAAAGAGUGUGCAUAUUUAUUCUGAAUCUAAUUUCCAGAAUCCCUUGGAGAUUAACAGAAGCAGAAUCCUUAGUGCUAAAUUUGUACCUUCAGAAUCUGGAUUUGCUAUGAUUGAGAAAAAGAAGACUGAUAUAUCUAAUAAUAUCAACUUCUACAGUCUUUCUACUGAGUAUGAUAAUCUUGUUGCGAAGAAAGUUGAAACAUUGGCUCUUCCUCAGGAAGAAGCAAUCAUGGAUUUGUGCUUUAGAAGAGAUCCAGAUAUGGGACUUCAGGUAAUUUUCAACACUAGAGACACUAAAAUGCUGAAAUCUGUUGGUAUUCCUCUUGCGACUGUCGAAAAGUUGCCUCCAAGCCCAAGUCUCAAGAAACUAGGUUUCCAUAAUGGAGAGGAGAGCAAAGAGAAUAGUAUCAGCAAUGAAGCUUUGACUAAAGAUUGUGAGCAGCUUUCAGAAGAUCUCUCAGUGGUGUUCCAUGAAGAUAUUUCUAUCAAAAUUUCACAAAAGUUUAGCAUGAACCAGUAUCUGUACAAGGUGGAGUGCAAGUCUUCUAGGCUGGAGGCUCGUAUUUUGGUCAAUGUCUCCAACCUAGACAUCUACCAGGUGGAGUACAAGUUAAAUCUGAGUGAAAAGUUUGAGGAAUAUCUUGAACAAUCGGUUAAGUUGUCUUCGAAUAAAAAUAAUAAAGAAGAGUUCUUCCAUAUUGUCGUGGAGGCAAUGAAGGCUUGUGAUCUUACAAAAUUAGAUUUUACUAGCAAUGAAGAAGAAAAGUAUUUGUUUAACAAUGUUCCAGAGAAUGACCCUAUUAAGCAAAUUUUAGAUAAAUCAGGUGUUCCUGGAGAUGAUGAAACACCUUUUGAGCCAUAUGGCCCACUUGAAAAAUUCAAGCAACCUUUUGUUCCCAGCCCUAGGACAAGUGGAUGUUGAUGGUCUCCGCAUGGAUAUCUUGUACAUUUUAAAUCUUCUUCAACAUGUGAUCCAAAGACUAAAGGUGUCAGCUUGUAUUCAAAACAUGAAAUUUUGAAGUUUAUUGAAAACAAUAAAGAGAAGUUAGAGAAUAAAUUCAAGUUCAAUAGUGCACAUAAGAUAAAGUCUGUAGACUCCAACCAUUUCCAAGACUCAGAUAGUGAUAACUCAUUAGAUGAGUUUCAGACCAAGCCUUCUGUCUUCAACCAGAUCCAUCAGGAUGGAGGUGAUUUGAACAUCAGCACUCAGAUGGAAGAGUCUUAUAAGAGAGGGUUCUUUAACAAAUCUAAUGAUUUAUUAAUAUCUAAGAACCAGAUGUCAAUGGUUGCUAUGAACAUUGGAAUUUCAUACUCCUUUGCCACAAAGGCAACUAUUCUUGAAGAGGAUGUCCAAACUAUUUGUCAGAACAACAUUCUGGCUGGCACGAGCAUGAAGAGGAUGGAUAUCGUAAAGCUCUGGAAAAUGAUCAGCAUCAGUCUUUCAAAGGAUAUCAUUAGUAGCACAAUUAGACAGAAGAUCUGGAAUAGUCAUCCUACUGGAUGGCUGCUGAUUAAGAAGCUAAUCCUAUCGAUGGAAGAAAGGAGGGAUAUUCAAUCUAUCUGCAUGAUAGCAAUAUGUCUUUAUAAGACUAAUGAGACUGUAGCUGUUCAGGGAAUCAAAAGAGGUGUUAUAGCUAAGCUCAUACCUGAAGAUGACUUCCAUUACUGGAAAAAGCUCUCUAAGUAUAUUGUUUUAUAUUGAGAGGUUCUUUCGAGAUGGAAUUUGAGGAAAAAUGAACAAGCUAUCUUGGUAAAAUAUGCUGCAAAAAUGGAGACUAUUUCAAGAGUGGUUGAAGAUUUCAGAAAAAUCUCGUCUGCUCUAUAACCCAAUAAUCCAUCAAGAUUCAACAGAGACAUUAUAUCU